CACCACCCAAUUAAUUCGAAUAUCUCCGACCCGUCUCUUCACAAAAAAAAAAAAAAAAAAAUCCAAACGAAACCCUAACAAAAAAUUUCUUCUCAAAAUCUUGCCAUUUUCCACCCCAACACUUCCAAUUAAUUCCUUUCUAGUCCAUGAAUUUCCCUUUUCACAAACCCUAAUAACCCAAAAAUCCCCAAUUUUUCACAAUGUCGGAGCCACCAAUAAUCACACACGUGUCCGACAAAAACAACACCGGGUCACCAUUGACCCGACCCACAAGUUCCCGGUCCGUAACCGAAACUGUAAACGGGUCACACCGGUUUGUGAUCCAGGGUUAUUCAUUGGCUAAAGGUAUGGGAGUUGGAAAACAUAUAGCUAGUGAUAAUUUUACUGUUGGUGGUCAUCAAUGGGCAAUUUACUUUUAUCCUGAUGGUAAAAAUCCUGAGGAUAAUUCGACGUAUGUGUCGGUUUUUAUUGCGUUGGCGAGUGAAGGAACGGAUGUUAGGGCUUUGUUUGAAUUGACGUUAGUUGAUCAGAGUGGGAAAGGGAAACAUAAGGUUCAUAGUCAUUUUGAUCGGUCGCUCGAAAGUGGGCCGUAUACGUUGAAAUAUCGCGGUAGCAUGUGGGGAUACAAACGUUUCUUUAGACGAGCGAUGCUUGAGACUUCAGAUUAUCUCAAGGAUGACUGUUUGAAAAUCAAUUGCACUGUGGGAGUUGUUCGAUCUACAAUUGACUGUUCGAGCUUACAUCCAAUCCAGGUUCCACAUUCUGAUAUGGGAUCACACUUUGGCAUGCUAUUAGAGAAUAUGGAAGGCUCUGAUGUUGUUUUCAGUGUGGCUGGUGAAAAAUUUCAUGCCCACAAGCUGGUGUUGGCUGCUCGUUCUCCUGUAUUCCGAGCUGAAUUUUUUGAUGAAAUGGAGGGUGAUAAGCAGGAGAUCGUUGUUGCAGAUAUGGAACCCAGGGUUUUCAAAGCUAUGUUGCACUUCAUAUACAGAGAUUCUCUUGAAGAAGAAGAGUUAGAAGAUACUAGUUCUUCUUCUACUCCUGUGACUGAUACAUUGACAGCGAAGCUUCUAUCAGCAGCCGAUCGGUAUGAUUUAACAAGACUCAGGCGGGUAUGCGAAUCUCAUCUUUGCAAAGAUAUCUCCGUGAACUCUGUUUCCAGAACUCUUGCUUUAGCUGACCGUUACCAUGCCACGGAACUCAAAGCAGUUUGCCUUAGAUUUGCUGCUGAAAAUCUCGCAGCUGUCAUGCAAUCAGAUGGAUUUGAGUACCUUAAAGAAAACUGCCCUUCUCUUCAGUCAGAGCUUCUUAAAACUGUUGCUGGUUGUGAGGAUGAUUGUAGCAGUGGAGGCGGAAAGACUAGAAGCGUUUGGGCUCAGCUUUCAGAUGGUGCCGAUACCAAUGGCAGGAGGGUAAGGCAACGGACCUGAUUUUAGAUAGAGAACCCUGAUUUUAUUGUUCUGUAUAUUGGAAGAUGUUUUGGAAAUGUUACAGGAAGGUAAAUGUACCAUAGUUUUCUGGAAUACUGAACAAGUCUGUUUGUAAUACCAAUAUCCUGGAAGUUGCUGCAUACUGAGUUUUCUUACAUUUACACUGACACCAAGUUUGGUUUUCCGUAGACUAUUUAGGGUUAAGAUGUGAUCCUGGAAAGUCAGUACCUUUGCUGUUGCCAUUAUAACCUUUGUAACUUCUACCUCUAAUUGGAGGAUACUCUUGUUUGUACUUCACACAUGCUGCUUUGUAGAAAAAGGACGCUGCCUCUUCUCUGGUUUAGUACCAAA